AUGUUUUGUCUACAAGCAGGGGCGUUAAAUAAUACAAUGUAUAUUGAUGAGCAAACAAAUUCUCGUGUCUUGAAAUGUCCCGCAGGUAACUCUACAGGCACUAUUUCUGCUGGUAAUAAUUCACUUGGAUGUAAUCUUAAUCCGUUUAAAAAUGUUGCUGGUCUAGCAAUGGAUAGUUUUGGUAACAUGUAUAGAUCGGAUUCUGGAUGCGAUUUAGUAUUACAAUUUCCUCCAAAUUCAGAUUCAACUACAAGUGGUACAUUGAAAAUGUCAGGUCAUUCUAAUCCGGAACAUAUUUAUCUCGAUCCAUUGACAAAUGAUUUAUACAUGGCCAUGAAACGUGAACAUUCAGUACUAAAAUUGGCAUACAAUAAUAACACUCCUGUAAUUCUAGCAGGUUAGUAGAACACACUAGUUGCGUCUGGAGUUGCGAGUAGUUGGAGUUCUAUUUCUGUUUUCUUAAUAGACACUUUAUGAAAUAAAGUGAAGAACCAACCUUGACGUGUACUGACAAACCGGACAUCUUCAUCCAGGAAUAAAAGUUCCAUCAUUGUACAAUCCGUUCUGUCU